AUGUUUAAGCGGUCGUUGAUGCUGGUAUGGCGGCGCCAAGUCCUGUACGUCGACCGGUGCCCCGUCAACUGCGACUGCGGCUACCCCACCGCCGACGAGCUCCGCUUCAACGAGCCGAUCGACUGGAAACAGAAUCUCAACGGCACCAAAGUACAGCCGUACAAGCACGUGCUCAUCGCCAGCGAUACUCCCAUUGACCAGUUGCCGGCGAAAGCCGAGUUGGUCCCUGGGAGCUUAGUCCACGAGCUCGACCGGUUUAAGCGGACGAAGCUCAGUCCCACCCACCCGGUGCUCUUUCUGGCGGUGGACAUCCCGGGACUUAAACACCCCGAAGUGGCGAUUUUUCCUGAUAGGAUCAAAGUGGCGAUCAACCAAUUGGACGACGUGCUCAGCUUUUACGACCAGUUUUUGAUCCCGCCAAACCACGAGCCGAAGCCGGUGCAUAACCCGUUCGCCAAGGCCACCACCAAAGGUAAACCCACUACAACUGGUCGUACGCCGAUCGCCAUUCCUGAAAUCCCCGAUAAACUGGUACUGUUUACCACUUCCCCGUUCACUCGUCCCACAGUGGUGAUCUGUGGCCACGCCGCUCGCGACCAGCGGUGCGGCGUCAUGGGCCCGCUUCUCAAGCAGGUGUUCACAGACGAGCUUCAGAAGCGGCAGCUCGACGUCGACGUGGGGCUUAUCUCCCACAUUGGCGGGCAUGCAUAUGCUGGCAACGUCAUCUGGUUGCCCCUGGCGCCCCACCAGGCGCCGGUUUGGUACGGGCGCGUGUUCCCGGAGCUCGUGCCGGGGAUCAUUGAGGAGACGAUUAUCGGCGGUAAAAUCAUCAAGGAGUUGUACCGCGGGAUCAUCCCCGAAACAAAGGCAUAA